GAGAGAGAGAGAGAGGGCUGAUAGCCAGGGACGGGACACAAGAGGAGGGGUAAAGCAGUACUGGUGUGUUUUCUCAGUGUCUUGUCAGCACAGCAUUGUGCGUCACAGAGAGGUGACAGCAGGCACGCAUUACCUGCUGGUCCUUGCUCGGCUGCUGCUGCUGCUGCUUGUGGACGGAAGCUGUACCUCGAGAGAUCAACUAGAGGGGGGGACACUCAACAGGAAGCUGCAGCCAUGACCAGCCAGCAGGACUCAGGCUUCUUUGAGAUCAGCAUCAAAUCCUUGCUGAAAUCAUGGAGUGGCACCUCACCCGUUGGGAACGGAUACAGUAAACCACCCCUCCCUCCGGUCUGCUGUCCCCAAGGAGAGAAGGGUCCCCCAGCCAUGAUGCCCAUCAGCAUCGACCCGGAAAGCAAGCCGGGCGAGUACGUCCUCAAGAGCCUCUUCGCCAACUUCACCACCAUCUCAGAGCGCAAGAUCCGUAUCAUCAUGGCCGAGCCGCUGGAGAAGCCAUUAACAAAGUCGCUGCAGAGGGGAGAAGAUCCUCAGUUUGACCAAUUGAUAAGCACCAUGAGCUCGCUGGCUGAGUACUGUCUCCCCUCCAUACUGCGCACUCUCUUCGACUGGUACAAAAGACAAAAUGGACUCGAGGAGGAGCUGCACGAGUACCGGCCGAGAGCCAACACCAAGUCCAAAAAUGAUGAGCAGCAGAGAGAUUAUCUACUUGAAAGGAGGGAUUUGGCCAUCGACUUCAUCUUCUCUCUUGUACUUAUAGAGGUUCUAAAACAGAUGCCUCUCCAUCCGGUCCUGGACAACUUGGUCAAUGAAGUCAUUAGUUUAGCCUUUAAGCACUUUAGAUACAAAGAGGGGUAUCAUGGUCCAAACACUGGCAACAUGCACACUGUAGCAGACCUCUAUGCUGAGAUCAUUGGAGUGUUAGCCCAGUCAAAGUUUCCUGCUGUGAAGAAGAAGUUUAUGACAGAGCUGAAGGAGCUGCGACAGAAAGAGCAGAGUCCAUAUGUAGUCCAGAGUACCAUCAGCCUCAUCAUGGGGGUCAAGUUCUUCCGGAUUAAAAUGUACCCUGUGGAGGAUUUUGAAGCUUCUUUUCAAUUCAUGCAGGAGUGCGCUCAGUAUUUCCUUGAAGUGAAGGACAAGGACAUCAAGCAUGCCUUGGCUGGUCUCUUUGUUGAAAUCUUGGUUCCUGUUGCAGCUGCCGUGAAGAACGAGGUGAACGUUCCCUGCCUGAGGAACUUUGUGGACAGCUUGUAUGACACAACCCUGGACCUGUCCUCCAGGAAGAAACACUCGCUGGCGUUUUACCCGCUGGUGACGUGCCUGCUGUGUGUGAGCCAGAAACAGUUCUUCCUCAACAGAUGGCAUGUCUUCCUCAACAACUGCCUCUCCAAUCUGAAGAGUAGAGAUCCUAAAAUGGCUCGUGUUGCAUUGGAGUCCUUGUAUCGACUGUUGUGGGUCUACAUGAUCAGAAUUAAGUGUGAGAGCAACACUGCAACACAAGGCCGCCUCAACACCGUUAUAACAACACUUUUCCCCAAAGGAUCCCGCAGUGUGGUACCCAGAGACAUGCCUCUCAACAUCUUUGUCAAAAUCAUCCAGUUUAUUGCUCAGGAAAGACUGGAUUUUGCCAUGAGAGAGAUUAUCUUUGACCUUCUCUGCGUAGGGAAACCAGCGAAAGCCUUUAGUCUUAAUCCAGAGAGAAUGAAUAUUGGUCUAAGAGCAUUCCUGGUCAUAGCUGAUAAGCUGCAGCAGAAGGACGGCGAGCCUCCCAUGCCUAACACUGGUUGCACUUUACCCUCUGGGCAUACACUCCGAGUGAAGAAGACAUACCUGAGCAAAACACUGACAGAUGAAGAGGCCAAAGUGAUUGGAAUGUCUCAGUAUUAUUUUCAUGUGCGGAAGGCUAUUGACAACAUACUCAGACACCUGGACAAAGAGGUGGGACGCUGCAUGAUGAUGACAAACGCUCAGAUGCUGAACAAGGAGCCUGAGGAUAUGAUCACGGGUGAAAGGAAGCCCAAGAUUGAUUUGUUCAGGACGUGUGUUGCAGCCGUUCCACGCAUCCUGCCUGAUGGGAUGUCAAAACCAGAGCUCAUAGACCUGCUCUCACGAUUGACAAUCCACAUGGAUGACGAGCUACGACUCAUUGCCCAGAAUUCCUUGCAAAGUCUGCUAGUGGAUUUCUCCGAUUGGCGUGACGACGUUCUGUUUGGAUUCACUAACUUCUUGUUACGUGAGGUCCAAGACACCCACCAGGGCCUGUUAGACACAUCCCUCAAAUUACUGCUGCAACUGCUCACACAGUGGAAACUCACCCUGGCUGCCCAAGGGAAGAGCUACGACACGGCUAAAAUACACACUGCCGAGCUGCUGCAGUCCAGUUCAAACCUGAAGAUCCCUGCAGAGCGAGGUCCUCACUCCACCGUGCUGCACGCUGUGGAGGGUCUGACACUCGUACUGCUCUGCUCCUGUCAGCUGAGCACCCGCAGGCUCGCCAUCGCCAUCCUCAAAGAGAUAAGAAGUCUCUUUAUGACCAUCGGACAGACUGAGGACGAUGAUAAACCGAUGAUCGAGAUCAUGGACCAACUCAGCCCUGUGAUUCUAGAAAGUUUCGUCAAUGUUGCAGUCUCUGACACGGCCCCCAUGCCGCCCGGCCACCAUGUGGACCUGCAGUGGCUGGUGGAGUGGAACGCACUCCUCGUCAACAGUCACUACGACAUCAGGAGCCCAUCACACGUGUGGAUCUUUGCCCAGUCUGUGAAGGACCCCUGGGUGCUGUGUGUUUACAGCCUCCUCCGUCAGGACAACCUGCCAAAGCACUGCCCCACCGCUCUCAGCUACGCCUGGCCCUACGCCUUCACUCGCAUGCAGAUGUUGAUGCCCAUGGUAGACCCAAAUAACCCUGUGUUUGCAAAGAAGACCAGCACGUCUGGCAGUGGCGACAACUACGUCACCCUGUGGAGAAACUACCUGAUCCUUUGUUUCGGGGUGGCCAAGCCAAGUAUCAUGAGCCCUGGCCAUCUGAGAGCAUCGACACCUGAGAUCACAGCCGCCACGCCUGACAGCGGUGUCAGCUUCGAUAACAAGGUUAUCGGGAGUCCGUCUGUGGCUUGGCUUCUGAAGCAGUUGGUUCCACUGAUGAGGGCAGAGAGCAUCGAGUUGACAGAGUCAUUAGUUCUUGGCUUUGGUCGCACCAAUUCUCUUGUUUUCAGGGAACUUGUGGAAGAGCUACAUCCCCUCAUGAAAGAGGCCUUAGAAAGAAGACCGGAGAACAAGAAGCGGCGUGAACGGCGAGACCUGCUGAGACUGCAGCUGCUGCGGAUCUUUGAGCUGCUGGCUGAUGCAGGUGUCAUCAGUGACAGUACAAAUGGAGCUCUGGAACGUGAUACUCUCGCCCUGGGCGCUCUGUUUCUGGAGUAUGUGGAUCUAACCCGGAUGCUGCUGGAAGCUGAGAAUGACAAAGAUGCAGAGAUCCUCAAAGACAUUCGAGCACAUUUCAGCGCCAUGGUUGCAAACCUCAUUCAGUGUGUGCCAGUGCACCACAGACGCUUCCUGUUUCCUCAGCAGAGCCUACGCCAUCACCUCUUCAUCCUCUUCAGCCAGUGGGCUGGGCCUUUCAGCAUCAUGUUCACUCCUCUGGACCGCUACAGUGACAGGAAUCAUCAGAUAACAAGAUACCAGUACUGUUCCCUGAAGGCCAUGUCUGCUGUGUUGUGCUGUGGGCCCGUGUUUGAUAACGUUGGCCUCUCUCCAGACGGAUACCUCUAUAAGUGGCUAGAUAAUAUUCUAGCCUGCCAGGAUCAGCGGGUCCAUCAGCUUGGCUGUGAAGUUGUCAUCCUGCUCCUGGAGCUCAAUGCCGACCAGGUCAACCUAUUCAACUGGGCUGUGGAUCGCUGCUACACGGGCUCCUACCAGCUCGCCUCAGGGUGCUUCAAAGCCAUCGCUACAGUCUGUGGCAGCAGCAGAAACUACCCGAGUGAUAUUGUGACACUGCUGAAUCUGGUCCUCUUUAAGUCGUCUGACGCCAACAGAGAAAUCUAUGAGAUUUCUAUGCAGCUGAUGCAGAUCCUUGAAGCUAAGUUGUUUGUGUACUCUAAGAGGAUUGCAGAGCAAAAGCCAAACAGUAUUCUGUAUGGUACCCAUGGUCCUCUGCCACCUCUUUACAGCGUCUCUCUGCCUCAGCUCUCCAGCCAGCUGGCCAGGAUGUACCCUGAGCUCACACUUCCACUAUUCUCAGAGGUCAGCCAGAGGUUCCCCACCACUCAUCCCAACGGCAGGCAGAUAAUGCUAACCUACCUCCUGCCCUGGCUCGGUAACAUCGAGCUGGUGGAUAGUGGACUGUUGGUCCCGGUUCUUACAUCGUGUACUUCAGAUUAUGAUAACUCUAGUCGGAUAAACAGCACAGCGUCAUCCCACCAGCUGAAGGGCAGCGGCUGGGGCUCCUUACAGGCCACAUCAAUGGUGCUCAAUAACCUCAUGUUCAUGACCGCCAAGUAUGGAGAUGAUCUACCUGGAGCAGAGAUGGAAAACGCCUGGAACGCUUUAGUCAGCAAUGACAAGUGGAGCAACAAUCUGAGAACCACACUGCAGUUUCUCAUCAGCCUAUGUGGCGUCAGCAGUGACACCACCCUUCUUCCAUAUAUCAAAAAGGUGGUGAUCUAUCUGUGCCGGAAUAACACCAUGCAGACCAUGGAGGAGUUAAUAUUUGAGCUGCAGCAAACCGAUCCAGUCAACCCUGUGGUGCAGCACUGUGACAGCCCUCCUUUUUACCGCUUCAGUGCCACAAGCAAGACUUCCACGGCAGCUUCAGGCACCACGUCAAGCAGCAAUACUGUUGUUGCAGGCCCAGAGGGCUUUCCUGACACAGACGAUAUGAAGACUGUGAAGGAGAGUGAAGAGAGGCUGAGCCACAUAAUGCGAGCCCACAACCGUCUUGAAUCACGCUACAGCAACAGCUCAGGAGGAUCUUAUGAUGAAGAUAAGAGUGAACCUCUGCCGCCCUAUGCUGAUUGGCUGAUGGUUGUCAUUGAGACCAACCAGCCUCAUCCUCUGCCCAUGCCUCUGAAUGGAGGAUGUUGGGCCCCACUGGUGGACUUUCUGCCAGAGACAGUCACUCCAAGAGGACCACUGCACAGGUGUAACAUAGCAGUCAUCUUCAUGACGGAGAUGGUGGUGGACCACAGUGUGAGGGAGGACUGGGCCAUGCAUCUGCCUUUACUGUUACAUGCCUUGUUUUUAGGCAUGGAUCACUACCGUCCAGAAGUGUUUGAGCACAGCAAACGUCUCCUCCUCCACCUGCUCAUCACUCUGUCCUGCAACAACAACUUCCAGUCCAUCGCUUCCGUCCUACUGCAAACAAGAGACAUCAAUGGCACUAAGACCCUCACCUGCAAGCCAAGCCUUCAGCCGGAAUAUUUACCUUCAGGAGGAGCUUUCGACUUUCUGCGGGAGUGUUCGGCAUCUCCUGUGCCAGACUCUGGCCUGAGUUCUUCCUCCACUUCAUCCAGUCUGAGUCUGGGGGGCAGCAGCAACAACCUGCCUGAGAUCACACACGAGGUGGAGGAGCUGGUGGCCUCCAGUAAAAUGGAUGAGAAGACUAACCAGCUCAUUGAGUUUUUAACAACAAGAGCGUAUGGACCUCUGUGGUGCCACGAAGACAUUUCACCCAAGAAUCAAAUUUCAAAAAGCACCGGGCAGCUCACCAACUUCCUACGACAUGUUGUAGCUAUAUUCAGAGAGUCCAAGUCAGAUUUCCACCUGGAGCAGCAGCUCAGUGACGUGGCACUGCAGACAGCCUUGUGCAGUUCUUCACGUCACUAUGCUGGACGUUCAUUUCAAGUGUUUCGAGCCCUCCGCCAGCCCAUCUCCGCCCAUGCUGUGUCUGACCUGCUCUCCAGGCUGGUGGAGGUUGUUGGUGAACAUGGAGAAGAAGUGCAGGGAUACGUGAUGGAAGUAUUACUCACACUAGAGUCUGUGGUGGACAACUUGGCUGAAUGUUUGAAGAACAAUGAUUUUAUGGCUUUAUUAACAAGAGCCUCAUCUCCAGAUUUCAUCACCAGUUUCAAGCUGCUGACCAACAGAAAAAGCACCGGGCAACUUAAUCUCAGAAGAGAAGAGAGGAGCCGGCAUCAGAGGAGCUCUUCUGUCCCCAAGAAGUUUGGGGAGGCGGACAGGUGGUCUGACCCGCCUCGCAGUGCAACACUUGACCGUAUCCAAGCCUGUGAACAGCAGGCUCUGUUAGCAAAGACCCGCAGCCCGUCCUCGUCUAAAGACAACAUCAACGACCCGACCAACAUCAACCACCCCAGCAACCUUCUAGCCACCAUCUUCUGGGUGGCUGUGUCCCUGAUGGAGUCAGACUUUGAGUUUGAGUAUCAGAUGUCUCUGAGGCUGUUGAACAAGCUGCUGGGCCACAUGUCGCUCGACAAACAGGAGAACAGGGAGAAGCUGGAGAAACUGCAGUGCCAGCUGAAAUGGAGCAGCUUCAGCGGGCUCCAGCAGCUGCUGCUGAAGGGCUUCACCUCUGUGUCCACGACUGACCUCACGCUGCAGCUCUUCUGCCAGCUCACACCUGUGUCCCGAGUGCCUGUAGUGGACACGUCACAAGCCAUAGGUUUUCCCUUGAAUGUUCUCUGCCUGCUUCCACAUCUCGUGCAGAACUUCGAUGGCCCCACGCUGUUCUGUCAAGACGUUGCAGAGCGGAUAGCCAAGGUUUGCCUUGAGGAGAAAAACGCCAAGCUGUCCAACCUCGCCCAUGUCAUGACUCUGUACAAAACGCACUCCUACACUCGAGACUGCUUCUCUUGGGUGAACGUGGUGUGUCGGUAUCUUCACGAGGCUUUCUCGGACAUCACGCUCAACCUGGUCACUUACAUGGCAGAGCUGUUAGAGAAAGGUCUUCCCAGUAUGCAGCAGACCCUUUUACAAAUCAUCUACAGCCUUCUGAGUCACAUGGACCUGGGUGGGAUCCAAGCCAAACCCUUCAAUGUUGAGGUGUUGAAGACAAUUGAGAAAUUUGUUCAGACGGUCCAUUGGGGGGAAGCGCUGAAUAUCCUGAAGCUGGUGGUUUCUCGAUCGGCCAGUUUAGUGCAGCCCUCGUUCCCACAGAGUGACCUCUCCUACGAGGACAUCAGCCGUGUCUGGGACCGCUCCUCCAAGGCCCUGCCUGGGAAGACGCUGGAUUUCCACUUUGACAUAUCCGAGACACCUGUGAUUGGUCGGCGCUUCGAUGACCUGCAGCGCUCUCCAGGCCAAGAUGGGAAGAGCAGGACAACAGCAGUGACCCGCAGCACCUCCUCCACCUCCUCUGGAUCCACCACCAACAACGUGCUGGUGCCAGUCAGCUGGAAGAGGCCUCAGUCUUCCCAGAAAAGAACACGUGAAAAACUGGUGAAUGUAUUGUCUUUGUGUGGACAAGAAGUGGGACUCACAAAGAAUCCCUCGGUGAUCUUCUCCAGUUGUGGGGAGCUGGACCUCAUGGAUCACCAGCCCAGCCUGGUCUCCUCUGACGAUGGGACCCGAGAACCAGACAACAUGGACGACAACACCUCAGAGCAGCAGUUCAGAGUCUUCAGAGACUUUGACUUCCUGGAUGUGGAGCUUGAAGAUGGGGAGGGAGAGACGAUGGACAACUUUAACUGGGGAGUACGCAGACGCUCCAUGGACAGUCUGGAUCGCAGUGACAUGCAGCCGCUGGAGGAGAGUCAGCUGUCUUGCAGCAUGCCCAGCCUCAGCAAGAUCACCCGUGAAGACUCAGACGAGUCGUCUGAGGAAGAUUCCCUCACUGCCAGCCAGAUCCUGUCACACUCACAGCUUACUGUCAACCUCUCACCAACGGCAGAAAGCAGUAUGGACUCUCCCUCCACUUUCUUUGAUUCAAGUUCAGCUCCUUCAACUCCUCUGAACACCAAAAAUCCUAGUUUCGAGGUCCAACUGCCAGAGGACUCGAAGCAGCGGCAUGACUUAUCCCAAGACUACGACGACACAAACAUCCAUGAAGAAGAGCUCUCUCUCUGCAUCACCGAGCUGCCCCCUGACUUCAACACUGGGGACAGUUUAACGAUGGACAUGGUUCACAUUGAUUAUAAAGGAGAGCUGGACCUUGAUAGCUACUUACCCAGUCUUGCAGAGGAAGAGAGAGACGACGCUCUGGAGUCCCGUGCUUCACCGCCACCUUCACCCUUCUUCUCAGCCAUCCUCGCAGCUUUCCAACCAGCCGUGUGCGACGAUGCAGAGGAGGCUUGGCGGAGUCACAUCAACCAGCUGGUGUCUGACUCAGAUGGAUCCUGUGCAGUCUACACUUUUCAUGUGUUUUCUUCACUGUUUCAGAAUAUCCAGACUAAAUUUUGCUCACUGACCUUUGAUGCUGUGAGUUACCUUGGGGACGGCCUCAGAGGAUUAGGAUCAAAGCUUUUAAGGUCCUCUCAGAUGCUGACAUCAUGCUCAGAGUGUCCGACACUGUUCAUCGAUGCAGACACUAUCAUGUCUUACGGACUCCUGGAAAAAAUGAAAUUCAGCGUGUUGGAACUUCAGGAGUAUCUUGAUACUUAUAACAACAGGAAGGAGGCAGCUCUCACUUGGUUGAGCAACUGUAAGGCAACCUUUCCCAGAAGUGCUGAGGGCAAAGUGAUAACAUGUCAGCCAGCAGAGCAUGAGGAAAAGCAACUGGAGCUCUGUCAAAGACUCUACAAACUCCACUUUCAGCUGCUGCUGCUUUUUCAGUCCUACUGUAAGCUGAUCGAGCAGGUCCAUGCAAUACACUCUAUUCCUGAGCUGACAAACAUGUCCAGAGAGCUCAAUGAGCUGAGGAGCAGCCUGAGAGUAGCAGCAGCCUCAGUGACAGACAAUGAGAUCGCUUCCCAUGAGAGCUCCUGUUCUAAGCCCACCUUCAGCUCCUCUGAGGCCGCUGUGCAGGCCAUCCUGGAGUGUCUGAAGAACAAUGAGCUUCAGACAGCUAUCCGCAAUAUUCGAGAGUGCAGAACAAUGUGGCCGAGCGACAUCUUCGGCAGCCCCUCUGAGGAUGAGGUCCAGACGUUACUCAACAUCUACUUCAGACAUCAGACCUUGGGUCAGACAGGAACUUUUGCUCUGGUGGGCUCAAAACAGGACCUGACAGAAAUCUCAGUCAAGCUGAUGGAACUCAAUGGAGAGAUUCGGGACAUGAUCCGGCGAGCCCAAGGCUACCGAGCCAUCACAGCUUUCCUUCCAGACUCCAGUGUUUCAGGUUCAACUCUUUGAUGUCUGACAGUGUGUGAGACACCCAUUCCUGCAUAGCACCCUGUCCCACGCUGAGCCUCUGGUCCUAUCUGAGGUUGCUGCUAUCAUCUCAGUGGCUCAAAAGCACUCUGCUCUCUCAAGGAAAAAAACAAAUCCCCAUCCUUCUCCUCUUUGUCAGAGCACAUCAGAAUGUUGUACAGUCACAUCUUCAGAUUUGCAGCAAUACCUUUUUUUUGUGGAAAGAUGAGAGAAGCAGAGCCUUUUAUUGCACUAAUAAUAGAAAAUGUCACAAAGCAAACAUCUUGCUACUGAGGUCAACAACUUUCACUUUUAACAAAGACAAACCAAAGCAAAGUGGUUCUCUUUCAGUUUUGUUGUUUUAAUUGUCAAGGGAAAAUGUGCAAUCCUUCACAGAAGUGGAAGACUUUUACUGUAUCCUGAAAGAAUGUAUUUGAAUAUCAUAUCAUUGGAAAACAUGAGCAUUGUUUGAUCAGAAAAAGGGAGACUCCAUUACUAAAAGUAGUAGUGGGUCUUUGUUGUGUGUUUGUGUGUGUGGGGGGGUGUGUGUGUGUUUGUGUGUGGGUGCUGGAGUGUCUGACAAUAACCUGACGACCAUCAUAGAUGGAAUUAUGGACACUGAUUUAUAUAAUCAGUGUUGUUUGCAUUUAACUACUUCAACACGCUGCAAGACUACUGUAAUGUCUCCCAAACCCACACGCCAUGCUGCUGUGUGGUUUAUCUGUUACCUAAAACAUCUUACUGUACCUUUAACUGUGCAGCUUUUAAAAUCUAGAUAAUUUAUUUAUAUUAUUUGCAAGAGGAAAAAAAUGCUUUUAUCUGACUAGUUUUAUAGGAAACAAAUAUUUUGUUUCACGUAUUAAGCCUGCCAAGCUCGCAAAAUUGUAUGUACUAUAAAGUGUAAUAGUAAUGUUUAUGAACAAAUACAGAAGCUAUUUUAACUGAAAUAUUGUACAGAGUACAAGUGGGGCUUUGCUCAGAGUCAUAAGAUUGUAUUUUUAUGAACUUAUAAUAUGAGUUGCUUGUAGAUUAAAAGAGAAAUUUAUGGUGUAGCCUCUCGCCUUGUAAAUACUGUUGCCUUUGCAUUGUACUAUGUUGGUCUAUACACUCAUAUGACAUGAAAAAUAAAACUUACAUUUGCUAACUA